AUGAGCUCUGCUGCAAAGAUAGUUCUGUACCACUACUCCUACUCGCCGUAUGCACGUAGGGUCGCCUGGUAUCUGGCGCUGCGAGGCAUUCCCUACUCGGAAUGUAUUCAACCUCCCAUGAUGCCAAGGCCAGAUGUGGCUAAGCUUGGCAUCAAUUAUCGAAGAAUCCCACUUCUUUCUAUCGGCCGAGAUGUCUACCUGGACACGCGCCUCAUAAUUGAAAAGUUGGAGCAGCUCCCUGGCAGGCCAAAGCUCGGUGCGGCCAACAACAAUGAGCGGGUGACCGAGCGCCUGCUUCAAGCGUUCAAUAUAGAUGGCGGCAUAUUCAACUACUGUUUCCAGGCCCUGCCCACGGACCUACCACUUUUACAAGACCCGGCCUACUACAAGGAUCGCGGUGAUUAUAUAGGUUUUGAUGUGACGAAGGAGUCUCUGAUCAGGAAUCGAGCCGAUGCUAUCGCCGAAUUAAGGGGCGCCUUUGACUUUUUGGAAAAAACGCUUCUUGCUGAUGGUCGCGAGUGGGCUCUAGGAACGGACGGACCACGGUUAGCUGAUAUCGAGGCCAUUUGGCCUUUCCACUGGCUCACAGGACUUCCCGGAGCUCUUCCGCAGGAGACUUUCUCGCCGGUGACAUAUCCCAAAGUUUAUUCGUGGGUAGCUAGGUUCCAGAAAGCAGUGAGCGAUGCCAAAAAGACCUAUGGGAGAGCAAAGGGCAUCAGUGGAGAGGAGGCUUUCAGGGCCAUCACAUCGUCCCCUUACAAUGAGCAGCCGGGUGCAAUUGAUGAAAGUGAUCCUGUUGUCGCAGCGGAGGGUCUCAAGAGGGGCACUCAGGUUACUAUCUGGCCGAGCGACACUGGGUCCUCAUAUAAGGAUACCGGUAAACUCGUCAGCAUCAACCAGACGGAGGUGGUAUUUGAGACCCUGGUGCCCGAAUCCCGAUCCACAGCGGUGAGGGUUCAUGCGCCGCGCCACGGAUUCCGGGUCAGGAACAGUGGAGGCCAGACGCGAUUGUAA